AAAAAUAUUCAAAACGUUUUAUAUAAAAUAAAGCCUAAAGAAUAGAGAGAACUAAAAAUAUUGACUAUAUGAAGACUGCAAUUUUUAUUAAAAGAAAAUGAAAAACUGAUCUACAUGAAAUAAAUUAAAAAAUAAAUUACAAAAAUUAAAAGGCAAAUUACCAAAAAUAUCAAAAUUUAAUUUAAUCUACAAAAUUAAAAAAAUAAAAUUUACAAAAACCACAUCAUGGCCAUCGCUUACUUUAUACCCGACCAAAUCAAGUUGCUGGCGGCUAGCAGCGACAACAACAGUCACAACAACAGUCACAACAACACGAACAGCGGCGGAGGCGGCGGCAACACAAACUCAACCGCAACCGCCUCACCACAACCAGCAGCGCCGCCAACAGCGCACAGUCCGAGUGGUGGACACCCGCAUGGCACACAUCAACACAACCUCAGCAAUAACAAUUUUCGCGCCAAUAUCACUAUACCGCUGAGUGCCUACAGUGCCACCGCUGCGCAAACGGAUACUGGUUGUUGGGAUUUGCUGACGCAAAUCUUCUGUCAUGCUUUGCGUUUCUGCCAUCAAUCCGAGCGGCAUCCGACGGUAAUACAAAUUUCGCUGGAAAUCAGUCAAAGCGAUGCGAUGGGCGCUACAACGGUGCAUGUGGGCGCAGCGGCGGUGCCAGUGGAGCAGCAGCAACAGCAAACAUUAGCUCCGACUACGACAGUGCUGCCACCAAGUGCGGCAACACACAAUAUGGCAACUCGUAAUGUGACUGCUGCCAGCGUGGCACGACCGUCGGCUUCUAAUGCCGAGGCAGUGGCGCCAAUUGUGGGUAGCAGAAAUCUGGAGCCUGGCACGCAUAAGCCGGCGGCUAGGAGGCAUUAAGACAAUUAAAGGCAUACAAGAAUGGAAAUGUGUAAGUUUUGAUUGAAAUUCGAAAUCAAAAUUACCGCACAGCCUUGCAACUGCAACCAAGCAUCGAAUGAAGCUCCGGUGGGAGCACUUUGUAAAUGAACAUCAUUAAGCUCAUUCAAAGCGCAUUGUGAUUCCGUGGAAGGUAACGCAUACUUUGCAACAAAUAUUUCUAAGUUCUUUAAAAAUCAUGCUGAAAAUUUUUUGAAAUGUUUGAAAAAGAAAAUAUUCCAAAAAAAUAAUUUUUGAAAAAUUAAAUUUAUAAAUUUCGAUAAUAAAAUUUAAAAAUAUUAUAAUUGAAAAUUUUCGAAAAACAAAAUUGUUGAAACAUCGAGCAAAAAGUUUGGAAAUUAAACUUUGGAUAUUUGGUGACUUUUGAAAAAUUAAAAUAAAAAAUUUCGAUUCUUUAGUUAGAAAAUUAUAAAUAUUGCUAAAGCGCCUGAAAGCGUGCUUCGAUGAAAUAAUUCUCCAAUAUUUUCAAACGUUUAUUUUUUAAAAUUAAUUUGUUGUAAAGCCCAGCCAGUCACUUUUUAAUGGAUACUAAAAACCAUUUUCUAAAAUGUAUUUUCUACAUUUUUUUUUAAUAUUAUUAAAAUUUAUAAAACACUAAAUUAAUAUUAUUUACAAUUUAAGCAAAAUGUGAGUAACUUGAAGUAAACUAGCGAAGGAAUUUGUUUGAGUUGAAGGUUAGAUUUAGAAAGAAAAAAUAUAUAAAAACAAAAUAUUUUUGAACAAAAAAAUAGUAAAGAAUAUGAAAAAACAGUAUAACGGUUUCGGGUUGUACAAGUCGCCUACAAGCGACGCCAGUAAGCAACCGCAGUUCAAAUAUUUUUAAAUUUUAAAUAAUAAAAAUUUUAUUUUAAGUUUAGUUAUUCAAUAUUUUAUAAAGAAAAUAUAAUAGCCAACAACAAAAAAUAAUAAAUAUAGUAAUAAUGCUGUAAAACAUAUUCAUGGAGUUUUGUGUGUGGAAAGUGGGGAAAAAAUAAUUUUGAAAUAUUUUCAAAAUUCAGGUUUUUGAAGUAGAAACGUAUAUAUAUAUUAAUUUUGUUUAAACUCACCUGACGUGU